UGAAUUUCCUGUGAUAGAUCGGCCUUUUCCGUUGAAAGAUCGGAUUGAAUUGUUUUACCAUUCACCGUAUCUUCAGCUCUCUUCCUUUUCACUGAACGAUUCUUUUGUUGAUAAAAAGAAAAUGGCUGCACUCCGGAUUUCAGAUUAUUUAAACCUGCCUAGUUGACAAUUCGACCCAUAUUAUGCGUUGUUUUCAUUACUCGAUGCACGUGCGACGAAAUGAAAAUUCUCACACGCGCUUUUCUAAUAGCUGUUUGGAUUAGUAGCAGUGUGGGACAAAACCAGAAAAACUGUAAACAAAAGCAGAAACCAUGUGUUGAGAUCCCGUCGGGCGAGAGCUGCCUAGCCACAUAUUAUUCAGCAGAUUGUACAAAAAAAUCCAUUGAGGAUCGGCACCCUUCGUUGUACAGACGUAAUGGCGUUGGUCUGGGAACUCCGAACCUGACCAUAGUGACCACUGACAGGAACCGCGGCCCCAGAGGACCGUUUUCUGAUGUGAACAUCACCAUUUAUCCAGAUCAGAUUUCUGGAGGACAUGCUUUCGAGGUGGGGCUGGAUUCCGUUAAAGGCUGGCGGUAUUUGCUGGUGACAUCCAAACACAAAGUCACUCCGUCAGACGGGAAGCAAGCGAGGACUGGAUUUUCCUUUCCAUUGAAGUUGAAUAUGUACACCAACAUUACUGUUUGGUCACUUCCAAAAUCAUCCUCUUCACGCCCCGCCAGGGAUUUGAUCCAGGCAGGAGAAAAAAGCUUAUACCCGGCUGAAAACUCCUCUCUGUGGAACACCAAAAUAUUCUAUAAAAAGCACGAAAAUCAUCAGUUACUUAACGUCCAGUUUCAACCAGCUCCAGAGAGUUUUGGGAUCCGAUACUAUGAUAUUCAGCUCAGAAAUGUCACUUCCAGAAUAAAUGGUAUAAGUGAUCGCACGACAACCCAUGCCAUGAUGGAGUUUUCUCGUUCACCUUGGAUUAAUGUAAAGUUCAAAGAUGUGAAGCCAGGCGAGUACAGGAUAAACGUGAAACCCUUUGAUGAUCUUAGUGAAGACAACAGGAGGUGUCGAUGUAAACGUAAUGGAGACUGUUUUCCUUGCACAUCCACAGAGACAGAAACAUUCAAUAUCACACACAAGAGAACUCAAGAAAAUUCGACUGAUCCAAAUAUUAAGACGCCAAAUGUCAUGGGAGUUUUGGACACUAGCGAACAUUCCAGUUUGCCCAUGGACAACAGUAGGACGGAUGGGAUCUUCGAUGAGGACAUUGGUGGAUCCCAGGGGAGUGGGAAUGAAUGGGAAGUCUCCGUUAGUGUUUUGUCAGUGCUUGGGAUCGCUUUCGGUGCCGUGGUUUCUAUCUUUGCUGUAGUCCAAUUCAAAAGAGGAGGUUCAGCGUCAGUGUCACGAAACCAAUGUCCAGGUCCCUCUGUCACAAUCAUCCACGACACCAAGCACUUAGAACGCGCACAGGGCCUUGUGGCCUCCAUCAGGAACAGACUACACAUCAGUGUGGAGUCCAAACUGUUCAAGAAAAGAGAACAAUUCGUUGAUAAAAAUUCCGAGCUGACGAUAUUCGUGAUCUGGAUGACUCCGGGGUCGUUUUCAAAUUUUGAACGCCGCCUGUUGAAAAACAAGAAGCUACCUUAUGUGACUUUGUUGCAGUUUCAGAGGCAAAUUGUGGUGAUCGAAUCACAAACUGCAAAAAGUAGCAUCCACCCCCGAAUUCAGUAUUGGAAAAGGUUUAUCAUAGACAGCGAAUUGGAUUUAUUUCUAGACUUUCUGCGCAAUAACACCACGGUAAAGGGUCGAGAAAGCUGGUCCUCCAAUGUAUGCAGUAUUACCGAUACACAGGGGAAUUUGCACGCAUUCAAGGCACAAUACAGUCGAAUGGAUUCUGGAAUCCAAAGUGACUACGAGAACGAGACUGAGUUUGUUCCAUAUGAUGAGAAUAUCCAAGAGGAAUACGUCAGUAUGGCCGCAGUUACCAUAACAGAAUGUCACUUAGAUGCACCCAUGGUUCAUCAAAACAAAACAGCUGCCUCGUUUCCACGGUUCAAUUUUGCAAAUGCAGCAAUCUUUAAGCACAUUGACGAACCAAAUGGUCUUAGAAAAACAUCAACCAAUCCAUGCGUAGAUGGCGCGAAAAAAUUUCUAUCCCCUGAAGCGAUGUCUUGUUAUGAUGGAAGUUUGCUAUCAGAAGAAAUGAUGGUCUUGAACCAAAGAAAUACGAGGCAGAAGACAGCAUCGGAAGAUUCGUUAUCCCUGAUCGAGGAGAACAUGAGCUCGUACCCUACCUCCAAGAACCGUCGGAGGGAGACACCAAUCUGCUUUCACAAUAUUACUAGAUGUUCGGAGAAGGAAGAGUUCCUGGUUGAAGUGGAAGAAGACGAGCACCUGGACGCAGAAGAGGAAGACGAUGUCUUGGAUGAAGUUGGUCUCAUUCAGGAUGAAGACACAAUCAGCAUUGGCGGCCAGAGUUGCUAACUUUCAGUGUUAGUCCCCUAUCUCAAUGUUACCAUCUGCUUUGAAGGUCAUCAUUCUAACAUUUUGUAAACAAAGCGCAGAAAAUCUGUCGUCAUUUUAUGAUUUCUGUUUGGGUAUAUUUGAGAUGUGUGUCAGUUCCUGCCACAUGCUUUGACUAUAAGUAUCAUUUCAUAUUUUACCUAUGGUGGAUAUGUAGAGUUUGUUAGCGAAGCAUCGAACGUACAGCUGGUUUGAUUUGUGGAUAAACAUUUGUUUGGAUUAGUCGACAGGAUUCUGGUAUUCAUAUUGAACCAGAAAAAAAAUUAUUGCUACCUUUUAGAUAUGCAUCUGAUUUUCGCGUCAUAUGAGAAUGUUCAACUCCCAGUCUGAAGUGCGAUGUAAACGUUUUAAUAUUGGAGAGUUUGCUUGUCUUAGUUGUCUACUCAAGAAUUGUUUACUCAUAUUGAGACGUCAUCAGCUCUAAGUGACGUACUACAAAUCUAGACCUAUGCUUAGCGCUUAGGGUCGUAACAGUGGGUUUUGUUUUAACAUGCCAACGCCUGCUGCGAUACGGGACCUCCGUUUUUAAGGUCAUAUCCGAUAGACCCGUGAUUCUCACCUAUCAAUAUCGAGCGUUUGGCGAAGAAGCAAUUACCACUAAUGUUGAAAGUUUGAAACGUGCAUGCCAUGAGAGGGUCUCGAAUUAAUUACCCCCCCCCUCCUCCUUACAAAGCGAACGUUCUGCCACUGAGCUACUGCAGCCAGUAUACUGACAUAUCCAACUAUCAGUCACUAAAUCUGCAUUUAAUGCAUGUCAUAAGACAGCUAAGAACACAAAGAUCCUCUACUUGUUGAAGAGACGGUCAAAAGAAGGGGAAAAAAUUGUAUACAUGAUGUAGAACAGUUGCGUGAUUUUUAUGAGAAUUAAGACGCUUUUUGCAGAAUAUAUUUUUCUGAACUUUUUUCCGUUCUGCUUUAACUUAGGAAUCUGAUAUUUGAUAUACAUGCAUGGUUAUCUAUUGAUCAGACGUACACUAAGUUAUCAUCUUUUUAUCGUUGACCUAUUAAUUCAAAAGUUGUGAGACUCGGUUUCAUGGCUGAAUGAACUUCUUCCAAUUUGGUUUUCCGGACAUUUUCACCAUGCUUUGAUUUUGGAAGCUGAAAUUUUUUUAUGUGAUUUACUAAAUUAUACGUUUACAGGUCAAGUUUAAUUUUCAUUACAUUUGAGUGAUUUUUACAAAAUUUAUGACGCAUUUUAUGGGAUCCAAUUUUUAAUGAGGAAUCUGUAAUGUGGUCUGUGGUUAUCGAAUUAAGUACAUACAUGAACAUACGAAGUUUCAAUUUUGCUGCAGUUGGUCUAUUCUAACGAAAAUUGUAAGAUCUAAAAACAAAAUAUUUUGUUGUAAAAAUGUAGCAAUAUUUAUAUCAUGAUAAUUCUGUAUGUAACUUUAGCCAUAGUUAUUGAUAAAAUUAAAACUAAGUUUGAGAUUUUAUCAAAAUAAAAAUUUCGGUUCUAUUGAAUAUACAUAUUAUAUAGUAAUAAAUUUGUGUAUGGGAAGACAAUAAUGUAAUUUUACUUCAUUCAGAUUCUCUGAAUAGGUUUUCUAGCACAACUAUUAAUGACAAAAUCUAUAAACCUAAUUUUUGUUGUCAUUGAAAUAGUAAAUCAAAAUUUUACAACAAAAGUUUUAGACACCAAAAAUGACAUUAGUAUUUCUUUAACAUCAUGAAUGACUUACAUGUAAAUUGAUUUUUAUACUUGGUUUAAUUCUUUGUAUUUUUUCUAUUGUGUGAGAGGUAUAUAAUUCAAGGUAUAUCAGUUGGUAUACGGAUUCUUCUGAUUCGCCGCAUCUAUUUAUAAGAGAUCGAAAUCAUAAAUGAAAUUCUGGUAUUACAAAAUAAUUAUUUUGCGUGUCCAACAAUAUCCGAUUAUAAUGUUUUUAACUUUAUAUUAAAAUACACAAGAGAUGUACAAAAAGACACAUCAUGACGAGGGCAGAAAGUUGUGAAUAUUGGAAAAGCUCCACGUGAAGAGAAAAUGCCGAUCUUUAUAUGCUUCAUUAUUCAGUAUAGUGGAGGUGAGGUUGUUCUUAAGCCGAAACUGAAAGCGAGACAAAGGAAAUUUCAAGACUGGACAGGGCCCCAGCAAUAUGCAGAGAUUUAUGAAAUUCUAUUUUCGUAUAUAGCAUACAUUGUAUAUAUAUAUAUAUAUAUAUAUAUAUAUAUAUAUAUAUGGGUAUAAAGCAGUUUCACUUUAUUUGGAUACCCACUUCCGUACCUACCCGAGAUUGAACUCACGACAUGUGGAACCAAAUCUCCUAGCAGCAUGUAACCAGCAUAUAACCAGCGCGUUAGACCGCUCGACCAUCUAGGCAAGUAAAAAAACUUGCUUUCGAUGACGAUGGAAUACUUGCCACGCUGACACACGCUACACGGUCCAUUUGUGGUGAGAGAUUGUUUCAUUUUGCGUAAAAUGUUGACGUAAGAUUAUUCACACAGAACUUUUACAAAAACCAAAAAAAAAAAAAAAACCAAAAAAAAAAAAAACAAAAAAAAAAAAAAAAAACAGAAACAAAAAACAACCAAAAAAAAAAAAAAACAAAAAAAAAAAAAACAAAAACCCAACAAGCUCGGAAACGGUGGGGGUCACCAAUCGGAUAUUUUUUCAUAUAAAAAAAGUUUUGAACUUUCCUGUUGACUAAUCGAAUUUUUUACCGCAAAUCUUGGAAAGAUUUUAUACCCAUUGCAUGUUUUAUUGAUUACCAAAUGUGUUCAUUGUUUUAAUAUACACAUGUAUUAGGGAUUUGUACAUAUUAUCAUUUAUAUACAGAAUAUUGUUUAUAUGUAUAUAUCAUUGUUUAUCAGAAAUAAUCUACGAAAUAUAUAAUUCGUGUACAUAAUAUUGAUUAUCAGAAACAGGAAUUGCACGGAAUAUUAUAUGCUGGUGAAAAUUUUUUUCUUUGUGGGCGAGUUACUGUAAAUGUAUUACAUUUGGCUGUGUAUUCUAUUUAGCGACUUUGGCGGAACGCAGCUUCCGCUAAAUCAAGUACAUCGCUAAAUGACAUCCGUAAAUCUAGAUGCUUAAAGUAAUUCAAGAAUGCAAUAAAUCAAAUCUACGCUAACUUGUUGAAAAAACGAUUUCCGCCAAAUAUCGUACACGCCAAAUAUAAUACGUUUACAGUAUUAGAAAUAUGGGAUAUCGCAAAAGAAUAUCGUUUUAAAUUGUAAUAAAUGUUUGUAUGUCGCUAAAAAUUCAUAUUUACCACAAAAGUAUCCCUGUUUGUGCAUUAUUCACAAAUUUUUACUUGAAAAUGUAAUGCAAACAAGUUAUGCAAAAAUUGAAAUCCUACAAAACGUCUUUUUAUAGGCAUUUUUCACGUGUUAAUGACCGAUUUACCUUAGCUGUUGUUUGAUCAAUGAUAGGAAAUUCCAUGUAAACACAUCAAACUCCUUCUACAUUUGAUGUGUACAGAAUCUCGGGUAUCCUAUGACCUUAGAUAUGAAAUCCAGGCGCAGUCAAUUUCAUAAUCAGUAUAUUUACAUUUUCAGGGGUUUUCUUGUCUAUGAUAUUUUUACAAAUUGUAAUGCUGACCAUUUCCUCGUAAGUGUAGUGCAGUUGUAUGAAUCUUAAUAAAUAAACUGUUCAAGUGCAA